AUAGGAGGAUCAGCCCGCCUGAAGAAAGAGAGCUAAACUAAUCGGGGCGGCCGGAUAAUGGCGGGAACGGGUGCCUCUCCUUCCUGCAUCUUCUGUCAGAUUGCUUGCAAUUCCACCACCACGACCCUCCUUCACACCGAUGAAAAGGUUGUAGCGUUUCAAGACAUUAAUCCUUCAGCCUUUAGGCAUUACUUGGUGAUUCCGGUGGAGCACAUUGCAACGGUUAAGAGCCUCCGCAGAAGGACAGAAGACUAUUCUUUGGUCAGUCAUAUGUUAAAUGUGGGGGAGACACUGCUACAGAGAGAUGCACCUAAUUCGACUCAAUACAGAUUUGGUUUUCAUCAGCCUCCCUUCAACAGUGUAAAUCAUCUCCACCUUCAUUGUUUGGCGCUUCCAUAUGUAUCCAGGUGGAAAACAGUGAAAUACACAUCUUUGGGACCACUAGGUGGAUUUAUUGAGGCCCGAAAACUAUUGGAAAAACUGAAGCCAUAGUUAACUCUCCCUCCUUACCAAAUAUAAAGAGAUUAUUUUAAUUGUUUUACAUGUUAAUUGACCUUAAUUACUACAUACACACAAUUGAGCUCAUGCGUGC